AUGUCUGUAACCAUUCGAAGAGUCAAAAAGGAAGAUGAAGAAGCAUGGACAAAUUUAUGGGAACAAUACAACGUAUUCUAUAAACGCACAAUUCCAAUCGAAGUGACAAAAAAGACAUUUGAACGAUUGUGUGAUGAAAAUGUUCGCAUGUACGGUGCUGUCGCUGUGGAUAAUUCAUCUCAACAACAAAUUGUUGGAUUCGUGACUUGGUAUCCACAUGCAAAUACAUCAAGUAUUGAAGAAGUUGUUUAUUUGAAUGACUUAUUUGUUGAUCCAACGAUACGCAAUAAAGGUGCAGGUCGUGCUUUGAUCGAACAUGUUGCAGAUCAUGCAAAAACUAUUCCAGCCCAUCAUGUUUAUUGGCUUACACAACACUUCAACCAUCGAGCUCAACUACUCUACACAAAAGUGGCAAACAAAUCCGAUUAUGUACAUUACAUGAAAUCGUUGUGA